AUAAGUAAAAGAAGGAAACUAUGGAGCACAGAGAUUUGAGCCUGCUGGACGAAGCGUUAGGCCUUCACAACAACAAGGCAAAGCCAUGGCCUCUGAGUGGUCGAUUCGUGCUCGUGGAAGAUUGUGUUGACACAAGCGCUGCAUUCGUUCUUCACCACAUCCUCAAGCGCUCCUUCUCUUCUCACCCUUCUUCUUCCGUGCUCUUCCUCUCCUUCUCUCACCCUUUUCCUCACUAUGAUCGCAUCCUCAGAAAACUAGGUUGCAACUUAGCUGCUCAAAGAGAUAAUGGCAGAUUCAUUUUCCUUGACAUGCUUCUGUUGCAUUGUCCAGAUGAAGGAAAAUCUGAUCAUGAUGGGCUUGAUUCUGUAUUUGAGAAAAUUGAAAGACUGAUCACUGCAUUACAUCAAGACAAGAAAUUCGUUUCUAUCAUGAUAGAUGAUGUAUCUAUUCUUGAAGUUGCUGCUAAUGGCUCUUCAAAUGAUGUUUUAGACUUCCUGCAUUAUUGCCAUACACUAACAUCAGAAUCUGGUUGUGCAUUUAUUGCACUUGACCAUAAGGAUAUUUAUUUGAAUGAAGAGAGGCCCACUGUUAACUUAGAGAUGGAGUACCUUGCUGACAUUUUGGUCAAGGCUGAACCUUUGGCCACUGGUUUGGCAAAAGAGGUGCAUGGGCAGUUGAUGGUGUUAGAUAAGGAAACACAACAUCAACAUGGAAUUUCAGCCAUUAAGCUUCACAAUUUUCACUUCAAGAUCAAGGAAAAUGGAAUCGAAUGCUUUUAUCCUGGCACAAAAAUCUAGUGCUGCUCUAUAAUGCUUGUACAAAUCACCGUGUAAUCUUGAAAGAGAAUAAAACUUUAUCUUAUUUUUGUUUAUUUUUCGUUUAUUUGGUAGAAAGAAAGUCAUUCUUAACUUUCAGUAGGGACCUUACUUAUUUUAACAUGAAAAUU